AGUGGGAUGUAAGGCUAUUGUUGUAACACGAUGAACAGUUCUGUAUCGAGCGGUGUGAAAAUAACUCCCCUGCAGCAAAUGAUAUCAUCGUGCUCCGGGGCACUGAUUACAAGUUUUUUUGGUAAGUUAUUUCGUCAUUUUGCUUAGACUUCAUGUUUUUGAAAAUUUUCUUCAGACCUGCUUUAUUGCCUCUACGACUACGUCGUGUGAUGGAUUUAUUAGGAUUUUAUUUGAGGUUUAAAAACUGAUCUAAGCGUGGUCUGUAUGAAUGACGUAACAAAUUGCGUAGAUUACAGAGGUCGGUUAUGGCCCUGUCCGUGAACUGUCUGCACUAAAACGGACUACACCUAAAAACUACCAUUUGGAAUGCAUACUACUGAAAGAAAUGCUAUUUAUGUGUUUACAUAAGCAUGUACGUACCUUGCAUCUAUAAACUUAUAGAACAGUCUGUACAUGUAUGCAUCCAAAAUAGUAUUUUAGGGAUAGUCCAUUUAGGUAAUCCAUGGACUGGGGGACAGUAUUUUGUAGGGCUCUUAUGAUACAGCAUUCCUAAGUAAAAUGUCACGGUUUACAUUGCAUAUACCUGAUUGAAAAACAUUGUCACUUAAAAAGUAUGAACAAAGGACGAUGAGAUGAGUUUUCAAGGAUUUAUGGGUAUACAUUUAUUAGCAGAGCAAGUUCAAAAUUCUUUCAACAACAAUAUUACUACUAUUAAAUUUAAUCUGCAAUGGGUUCUUUGAAAAAAUUGGGGUUGAUUUGGAAUAUUGCAGUUAAAGCAGUCUAUUACAAUAAUUUGUUAAAAAUGGUUAACCAACUGCCUCACUUAAGUGGAAGGUGGGUGCCUGGGCUACCCAGUGGCUUCUACUGUGGCCAGCCAGCCCCUAGAUAGAAUACUGCCCCCAUGGCUGGCAAAUCCCCGCAACCCAGCCAUGAGCCCCCAUUCCAGUUACCCGUUACACUGAUAAAACAGUGGAAGGAAGAAAAAUAAAGGGUGGGAGAGGGGGAGACGUUAAAUGAACUGCUCUACGAACCACUGCACAAAAGCUCAACGCGGAACUCACAGAUCCUAGCAGUGUAUUAAUCUACCACAUACCAUGUGAGCCUGCACUUAUGGGAUUGACCACUGGAUGCCCGCUAAGCUCAUAGGCUGCUUGACCACCAAGCUUGUGGAUCUCUUGACCCCUAAACGUGUGGACCACUUAAAUGCUAAGCUUGUGAACUACUUGACGGCUAAGCUUGUGAACCGCUUGACCACUAAACUUGUGAUGGUUAACUUAGUCAAAUUACAUUUGACCAAUUUUAACCAACUGCCUCACUUAAGUGGAAGGUGGAUGCCUGGAUACCCAUGGGCUUCCACUGUGGCCAGCCAGUCCCUAGAUAGAAUACUGCCCCCAUGGCUGGCAAAUCCCCGCAACCCAGCCAUGAGCCCCCAUUCCAAGCCAAGGGGACUCUCCGAGCGAGAUCAGAGAGGGAAAUAGGGGCUCAGGGCUGGGGGAAGCCCUGGUCCUGAACUACCAAAGUCCUGAGGCACCCUACAAAAACAACUAGGAAAGGAGGAUACGUAAGAAAUACUUGUCAAGUGAGUAGGCUUGCUACUUCCACAAUAGUACUAAUGGGAGUGCGAAAUUAAGAUCUGAUAUGCAUCGCUAGACCAUCUGCCAAGUGUCUUGAUGAGGUGAUCUGGUGAGCCAUGAGAGGCUGCUAAAGUAGCUGUGGCAAUGCAGAAGCUAUAACUGGUGUAGCAACCAGGACCCCAGCACCAGAGAGGAUAGAUUGAAUACUGGAUGUCAGCCAUUGGCGAUGUAGAGAGGUGCCAUCAGAGAGAAGGAAGAGUAGGCCAGGAGUUGAGCCACGGACAUGUCGAUACUGGGUAAGGAUACAUACAGGGCAGAGAUCACGUUUUCCAGCACCAAUUUAGAUAUAGCAACGUUGGCGAAAGGGGUCCAUCUGAGAGCACUCAAUAUGGAUCCUGAAGCUGCCUGGAUUGACUAGGGAAUCUGCUUGGAUGUUGCUCACGACAAGGUGGAUGUUGGGAUUUAUUUUAGAUUUUAGAUUUUUAACCUUAGAUUUUUAACUUUUAGAUUUUAGAUUUUUAACUUUCAUUUCUUGUGCAAUGUAUAUAUAUUUUUAAGCUUUGUAACUAAUUUAUCUCGGUAUUUUAUUGAAGUUUUUAGCUUUUAGGUUCUACAUUAACAUAAUGAUUGUAAAGCGCCAUAAAAGAGUAGCUGAAUAGUGCUUAUAAAUUAUUAUUAUUAUUAUUAUUAUUAUUAUUAUUAUCAUUGUUAUUAAGUGGGAGGUGAUGCUGAACUCACCAGCACAUAAGAAACCAGAAAAUCCGAGACAGCAGGCAGCCCAAUGGUUGUAGUCAGAAAAGUCCAAGGACUGGAAGAUAAUGUGCAGCAGCUUGAUUGUGAUGGGUUGGUGCUGAUGCCUAUUUGAGCCUUGGUGACGUUUGAUACCCCGCAAUACACGCUGUAACCAAAGGCAACCAACAAGGCAGACCCUCCUCAAUGUGAAGGGACCAGAUUGCUGAAAGGUAAACCUUUAUGGAUGAAUGGUGGAGAGUAUUGGCAAGAUGACAGCAGAAAUGGAUGAGCAUGUAUUUACUAGCUGGAAGAGCUGAUCCUGAAGGAGAGAGGCUAUUGUCCUGAGCACAGAAAUCCAAGAGGCGGUGUUGGGCAAAAGCAUAAACUUUCCUAGUAGACUGGGCAAGACCCUGAGUCAGGUAGAAGUGACAUUAAUCUGACAGCGAAGUUCUUACUCCAAGAGGAGCUGCUGUGGAAUCUGGGUCAGAAUGGAGUCUGCAUGAGGGACUAGCCGGCGAAAAUGCUGAAACUGAAAGCGAGACAGGGAGUCAGCGAUUGGGUUAGACUUCCCUCUAACUGGGAAGGCAGUGAAAGAGAAAAAGUGACGAGCUGCCAAUGAGGACAGAUAGCAAACAAAGGACAUGAUGGUAGGAGUUCUUGAAGUGCCAGACCGUGGAAUUUCCACCACUGAGCGGUUAUCUGAUAGGAAGUUGACCUGGUUGGAGGACCAUUGGGGCCCCAUAGGUAAGCUGCCACAACGAUAGGGAAAAGCUCCUUGUACUCAGUGGACUGAGAGACCUGUGCUGGGAGCCAUGCACCUGAAAACUAGUGACCCUGGAAAACUGCUCCUUAACCAAGAGCCCAUCAGGGAAUGAAGCCCACUGGGGUACUGAAGGAAGCUGCAAAGAUUCCAGGACUGGAAAAAUUCUUGCCAUCAGGCUAGGUCAAGGAAGAACUCCUGAUUGAGAUGAAUAUUGGGUGGUCAUUGCGACGAAAAGUGCCUAGCAGGUUGAUCAUUUGGUGCAAGAAAGAGCGACCUUGGAGUACGACCCUGCAAUCAUGCAGAAGGUGACCUAUUAGAGACUCCAGUUCCUUGUGUUUACAACAACACUUCUGUGACCAUUCCUCCAACUAGGCAGUUAUCCUAUCAAAUUUGUCCUGAGGAAAGCGCCUGCCAAUUUAGAGAGUCCAGUUCAUGGCCCAGGAUGGUUAGACACAUCGACAGCCCUUCUUCUUUGUCUGCAUGGAGGGGGAUGCCAAGCUUAGAAAAAUAUUCAAUAGACCUGUCCAGAUUGUGUUGACAGACAGAGGAGCUGGAAGGGCCAAGAGUGUGAAAGUCAUCAAGGUAAUGCAUUAGGAAGGUGACUUCGUAGUUUCGCUUGGCCACCCACUCCACUAAGUCUGCUAUACAUGUGAAGAUGUAUGGAGCUGACCUGAUGCCGAAAGGCAGGACCAUAUCGACAUAAAAGGCACCACACCAUUUCAUACCCAGCAACUGGCGAUCUUCUGUAUGGACUGGCACAAUACAGUAUGCAUUUUGCACAUCCAAUUUCACCAGAAGGGAACCCCGCCCCAGCUGCAUUAUGCCCAUAAUAAUGUCAUCUACCUUCAUGUACUGUACAGAAUAAUCCUCGCCGACAAUCCCAUCGCUGACACUGUGGACAGCAGGGCUUGACAGCUCUAGGAUGAGAUGCCAUUUCCCAGGUAGGUGGCAUUUGGGAUGACGCCGAAACGGCUCACAUGGAGGACAGGGAGGGCAGGCUAAGAGAAGGAGCCUGCCACCCUGCCUGUCUGAACUUCCAAUUGCAAGUAAUUGUCAAUGACCUGAGGGUUUAGGAGUGCCGAAGCCUUGUUCCCCGUUGCUGACUUCAAGGAAGUACUGUAGUUGAAGCCUAGGUGAAAACCAUUGCGAAGGCCUUAGACCACGUGUGCAACUUUGUCUGGGUUAGGAUGAUCGCGGAGUUCUAACUGGAAUCUAUCCAUGUUAAUGGGAGUAAGCUGAGAAACCAGUCUUAAAGGACAAGCGGCCAGAGAACACAACAAGUAACCAGAACUUGAUAGAUCCUGCUGCUAAGAGGGUGAAACAAAAGGGGAACGCAACUCUAACCCUGAAAGGUUACCAUGAGAACCAGUGAGAACAGAAUCAAAACUAUGUGCAACUGAAUUUGCUAGGAGAGGUGGCCCAGUCAUGGCGGUGACCCCUUUUUGACUGAGAAGGGGAGCAGGACCAGUGUCUCCAUGCAAAGCGGUGAGGGAGCGGAUGCGAGGGUGGUCCCGGUGGCAUGUUUUGCAAGAGUGACGAAACCGGCAGUGGCCAAAGGGCCAGCAACAGCACCCAUCAUUCCAGGAGUGCCAGUACUGGCUAGACUUGGGAUUGCCCGAAGAUGCCAGAGGCUCUGUUAGUGACAAGGCAGAGGAAGUUGAGGAGCCCGAAGCAGCUGAAGUGGUCGCCAGAGAUAUGGUGUGAAAAUUGUAGAGGUCUGGCUGCAUGUGACAACCUGAGGCUGCAGCUUCUUUUCUGAAGGUGAUGUUGUAGUUGAGCCACAAUUUAUCAGAAAAGUGCCAUGCUGUCUGAAUAGUGAGUAACUUGUACUGGUUUAAAUCUUUUCAAGAAGAAUCAUACAAAAGAUUGUGUCUUCUGUCCAGGUGAUGAUGCCUGCUAUUUUGAUGACCCAUUUCUUGGACCCUGAUACCACCAGUUUUCCCUCCAAAAAUGCUUGGUGUUCAAUUUCUUGAGCUCAAGUAUUGUCUGGUAGUAGGUCAGCCAGGUCUACAAAAAGCCCUGCUGUAAUUUUACCAGCAAGUUUAUACGGGACUGGAGCAUAGCCAGGACCCACCUUAAAUGCUUUGUUGAGGUUUGGAAAUGUGGAGGACUCAGAUCCGGCCAUGCCACCACAAGAGCCACCCAACCACUACAGGCAAGUUGGCGGAGGACGUGGCAGCGAGAGUAGACACAACUAAGGACCUCUAAAGGAGCUGUAGGUUGAAAUAAACAAGGGCACAACAAGCAUACCUGAAGACUGGAGGGAGUACUGGAGCUCAAGGAUGCCUGAGACUGCAUUGAAUUUGAAGCCGAGGAGAGAGGACCAGAUGUCGCAGCCAUGUUUAGAACUAGCUACUACCAGAAUGCGAAGACGCAGUAACUGGAGAGGACAUUGUAGGCAAGCUGUUGUUUGUGGUUUGCAUCCUGAAAGAAUGUGGUGACUUGCACGCCUUGAAAAAUUGAAAGAAAAAGGAUACAAGAAAAAAUACACUGUAGGACUGCUGCUCCAAAAAACACUAAAAUAGACAAAAAGUCACUAGAUAAACCACUCCACAGACCACUGCACAUAGCUCAACAAAGAACUUACAGAUCCUAGCAGUGUACCAGGGUACCACGUUUCAUGCAAGCGUGCACUUAUGGGAUUGACCGCUGGAUGCCCGCUAAGCUCAUGGACUGCUUGACUGCUAAACAUGUCGACUGCUUAACUGCUAAACUUGUGAACCGCGUGACGGCUAAGUUCAUGAACCACUUGGCCACUAAACUUGUGGACCGCUUGACCGCUAAGCUCGUGGACCUUUUGAUGGCUAAACAUGUGGACUGCUUGACCACUAAGCACAUGAAAAACUUGACCGCUAAACUCCUGGACCGCUUGACCACUAAAAAUGUGGACUGCGUAACCGCUAAACUUGUGAACCGCUUUACAGCUGAGCUCAUGAACCACUUGAUUGCUAAACUUGUGGACCACUUGACUGGUAAGCUUGUGGACCGUUUGACCGCUAAACAUGUGGACUGCUUGACCAUUAAGCUUGUGAACCACUUGACAGCUAAGCUCAUGAACCACUUGACCGCUAAACUCGUGGACUGCUUGGCCACUAAGCUCGUGGUGGUUAACUUAGUUAAAUUACACUUAGCCAAAUUAUAAUGGUAACCCACUGAUAGCUCAUAGACUGAAUUAUUCACUAGUUAAUCUCUCUUUAAUUUACAGUUACACCCUUAGAUGUGGUAAAAACAAGACUACAGGCUCAGCUCAAACCUAUUCCUAAAUGUAAGGUUUCAUAACAUUUCACUGAUCUUAUCUUGACUGUUGUUGUUUUUUCCUUAGAAUAUGAUUUUAUUAUUUCUAUUAUAAUAAAGUCACCGUCUUAUUCCUAGCAGGCCAACAGUGUCUGUGAACGUUCUGGCAAAGAUACAGCAGAAAGAGAAAGCCAGACUGACUGAAGAAAUAAUAUUUCCUUGCCAAUUUUAUUGAAUGUGUAAAUGCAAUUUAGGUUGCUAGCCCUUUAAAAUGGACACCUUUAGCUACUCUUUACUAUCAAAGUUAAAUACAGUGCACAGUCUCUCUGAAGACUGGCAUUUAAUUUGUUACCACUGAUAACUGUCUAACAAAGAGUGGACUGUGUUUGUCUUAUUUCUUCACAAGCUCCUUGUUAUUUGUUCUGCAAUGGCCUUAUGGAUCAUCUUUGUUUAUGUGCCAACCUUGGUUCUCCAUUCAGACCAUUUCCCCAUGUUCCACAUCCACCAUUCAAUUCAACAGUGGUAAGGUCAUAACAAGAAAAGUGAGUAUGAUGUGAAGAAUUAUGCUGAUUGAGGUGGAUAGCAGCCUCCAAAUCUACACAAUUCUUCAUGUCAUACAAAAAGCAAAUUCUAUAAUAAUAUUUUUUUUAUUAUUCAAUCAAAAUGAAUUCUAAAUUCUUAACAAACGUACCUCCUUGUAGACUUUCCUUAAACAACUGCCUUUCUUUUCAGCACAGUUUGUGGAUAUAAACUUAUGUUUUUCCAUGCAGAUACUCUUUCAGAAGUGAUUACUGUAUUUUGUGCAGUCCGUUUUAGUCUGCAAUUCAUCUAGUAUUUCGUCUUCGGAUAGCUGUGAACACCAUUUUUCUUUUGUUCACUCAGGCAUAAUAACAUCAUAUCGAUGGGUUUUGUUUGUAAAGCAGGUGUAUGCCUAGUUUUAUACAUUGUUCUUUUAAAGUUCCAUAACUUUUAGUUUGUCACAAUUAAUACCUCUAUUUUAAUACCACCUUAUACUUUGAUUGGAUCUGAAAGAAUAAUUAUUAUCAGACCUUGUUGAAAAGCUCAAGUAUUGGACAAAGUCGAGUUGGAAAAAUGUAAAUGCCAAAAAAGGCAAUGUUGCAAGCACUUGCCAAAAGCUUGAGGUAACAGAUCAUUUGUCUUGAGCAAAAUCUGCUGGUACAAAUUCAAGUUGCCUGAAGAUGGUCAACAAGAACAUCAGGGCCCAGUUUGUUCGAAGGCGGAUUAGCGUUUAACCCAGGGUUAAAUUUAACCCAGGUUUCUUUUUCUUUUGUUCAAAAGCAUUUUCUCAGAUAAUUUUCUCUGUUAUUUUUAAGAGCAUCCGAUCAUCAACUUGUUGACAAAAAGAAUUAAACUGAAUUAUUUUACUUUUUAAGCUUUAAGAUCUGAAUUCAAUUUUUGAACUAUCCCUGGGUUUUCUUAACCCAGCUUUGAACAACCCGGCCCAGUAAUGUGCAUGUAGCAUGAGAGUUUGGUCAUAGCACUUGUCUCUGACUUUGAUUAUAGAAGGAUUCUUUUAUGUUAAACAAGAACUUAGAAAAAAAAUCUGUACUACCACAACUCAAGCAGUAUAACUGAGUAAUUGUAACUAUAUCCAUCCCUGUUUAGGAUGCUUUGAUCAAAAUUCCACGAUAUGAAGGCUUAUCAGCUUUAUGGAAAGGACUACCACCAACUCUGUAAGCAAAAAUCCAUGAAGAUGUACGUUUAUUAUGUCAUGAAGUUUUAUUUGAGACAUGCAUGUUAUACGUAGCUCUAGAUACAAAUAUAUUAAAAGGGGUACAUUCAAUCAGCUCAUCAGAAAUUUUACAACUUUUGAAAAAUAAUUAUGCAAAAAAUUCUUUUGGUAGCCAAUAUUUAAUUCAUGCUUGUGUUCUUUCUUUGAGUUUCACAAACCACUUAUAUUAUAUGUAAUAUAUUUUUCAGUGUGAUGGCUGUUCCAAAUACUAUGAUUUAUUUCACACUUUAUGAUCAACUUAAAGUGAAGUAUGGCUUUGUAGAAGGACAGCAAAAUGUUUGGUCGCCAAUGUUUGCUGGAGUAACUGCUCGAAGUAAGAAUAAUUCUAUACUUUAGAUCUAGUUAUGCUAGACCUUUCCCAAGCUCUGUGAGAGCUGUAGGAAAAGGUCAGUCAUUCUGGGAUUUGAUUGCUUUCUUGUUUGCUGUUACAUGCGGGUAAAUUCCCAACAAAAGGAAAAAAAUCCCAUGUACGGCUGUAAACCUUUUAACCAUUUUUCAUAGAAUAUAUACCUCUUAUUAGACAAGUUUGAGGUCUGUACAAUGUAAAUUAAGAAGCAAUUUUUUUUUCAUUGAUUUACGGCCCAAGCGCGCGCAAGUUGGCCAAUCACAGGGUGAAAACAGACUUAGUCUUAUAAUAAUAAUUAGCAAUUACUGAAUGGCGUUGGGUAUGAUAUGAAGAAUUAUGCAGAUCGGGGAGGAUGUUAUCAGUGGUUAACAAUCUUCUUUCGAGAUCUGUACAAUUCUUCACAUCAUUAAGAGAGCCAACAUUUAAUAAUUGUUUUAUUGUUCAUUCAAAAUAUUUCUAAAUUCUUAGCAAGCUUUAAGGGAAGGUACAUUCUUAAUUGUGGGGGAGGGGGGAGGGUAUUUUAAUCUUUUUGCUGAUAAUUUCCUGGCCCUCCCCUUUUCCUUACCUGGUAAACAUGUGACCCCUCCUUAGACAAAACAGAAACCUGUGACCCUCGCCCAUUCCUAUCCUUCCAUUGCAUAUGCAUUGGCUCACCACCAUCGGUGGCAAGAAGGUUGAAUUAUAACAUUGAUCUCAGAAAACUUAGCGUAAACAAAAUCACCAGCCAUCGAAAACACAAAGUGGCUCUAAAUGAAAAACCUACCAACUCUCCUCAAUGACUCUUCAUUCGCAGUUCAAUUUAGCAUUUCAGUUUUGAAGACAAGGGCAAUUUUGCUGUUUAAGAUAAAGAUUAAGCUUAUCAAAAUGUUUGAACUACACGAAAGAAUGCUAGGGAUGCGAUCCGCUGAAUAUCAAGCGACAAUCCCACUAAAAUUUUUCAUAAUUACCGGUAUACAUAAUUAUGCAAAUGUUCAGACAAUCAACCAAUCAAAAUCACCACCAGGUUUUCGGGUAGCUAGUGAUGUCACUGGACGGCAUUAACGGGCCGUCGAUUCAGACUUUGUUGAGAGGAGAAAACAACUUGAAGCAAUCGGACGAAUUUCAGACUAAUUUCAGCCCAAAGAGAACAGUAGUCAGCCAAGUCAGUUGUGUGCCAUGGCAGAACAAGAAGGAAAAAGAAAGACUGAAAGAGUGAAUGAAUCUGAUGAAUGAACUGUAACAAAAAUGAGGUUAAAUAAAAUAUUUAACACAGUUAACAAGGAGCGUGGUCAGUCGUUUAGCUCAUUGCAGUCAGCUGUGCUGCAUCACCUCCAUGUGCUCAGUACAGCGUUUUCCUGAAGGCUACUCGCUUUAUUCUUCCACUGAUAAAUCACUGUGACAGUUGCCUGGUUGCAUUGGCCUGGGGGCUCAUGGCUGGAGGGUGAGGUUUUGCCAGGUAUGGGGGCGUAACUCUGUCUAAGUGCAGGCUGUGCCAAAAGUGGAAGCCCCUGAAGCCCACCUCUACUAAGGGACAUAGAUGUUAAUAGCAAACAGGAGUCUUUAGUAAUAAAGUUCUUGUUCAAUAGGAAGGACUGUUACGAAGCUUUAUAAUACGAAAAAAUGACGUCAGUGUGGUAACUGAACACAUUUCCACAAACCACUGUGAAAAAAAGAGGCUUUAUCCUCCCUUAAUACCUUUUAAAAUAAUGGUUCACCCUCCCCAAUGGUCCCAUUUCUUUUGGAUGACCCUCCCCUCUGAAGCACCUGAGCCCUCCCCCCCCCCAAUUAAAAACAUACCUUCCCUUACCUUCUCUUAGACUUUCUUCAAAACUUUAGCCUAUUUCUCCACAUGAUUUCAGGGUAUAAAAGGAUGCUUUUUCUUGCAGAUACUCCUAACAAAAACAUCGAGCAAUAUGUUUUGUGUAUUUUUGCUUUCUUCCAUUCAGUUAUACUCAGAAAUUGAGCUAUAAUUUAUCUUCAGAUAGCCAUGAUCACCAUUUUUUAGUUCACUCAUGAAUAAAUAGUGUAGUGGUGGUGCCUGGAAACAAGGUUUAUCAAUGGUCUAUGUAGCCCAUAGUUUCUUUCUUUGGGUCCCAACUUUGUCUCGAGUUGACAUUUUGAGUGUUUUAUUUGUAGCUAUUUCCAUUACCUGCAUCUCACCUAUCGAAAUGAUCAGGACUAAAAUGCAAGCCAUGAAAGGGUUCAGCUAUAAAGGUACAAAGUGAUCUACAUAUAUGCUUUUUAUUGUUUCUAUUUAAUGUAUGUUAAGGUUGUGUUUGUGCAUUGAAUCUCUGUUGAGUAGUGAUAGCAAGCUUCCAACAGGGAAAUACUUUUAGAACUUCUUAACUGAAAAGAUACUGGAACAAACUGACAGAAAAAAAAUAAAGCAGGGGUCUACAAGAAUGCAUUUCUUUGAUGUCUACUGCAUGGCUACACCGUGAAACCUCCUCAUACAAUGUUUGAUGGACAACAAUGUUUGAUGAACGUACAAUAAUAAAUUUUCCUUUCUCUUUUUUAAUCUGGAUAAAGUCAUUAAGAACUUACCUCAAUUUGACAAAUUGAACUGGUCCAAAAUGACGUGAUAAAGUUUGAAAGGACACAAAUUCAUUUUUUUAGCAAUGUCUUCACUGCUGUCAUCAUCACUGUUGCUUAAGCUCCCUACUGUGAAAAUAACAAACAUGAUUUCAGACUAUCUACUGGAGUGUGUCUGUGCAAGCUUAAGUACAAAUAAGAAAAAGGGUGCAGUUGGUAGGUCGUACAGGGCUAAAAAGAAAAGUCCAUUUCAGUCAUCUGGAACGAGUGGUUUUUGUUUCUGGGCAAGGGUCCAAGGCACGUCAUUGUUCAAUGAAAUCAUUAGCUAAGAGAAGCAACUAAGUUGCAACAGGCAAGAAAAACAUGAGAGAUGCUUGCCCACCCACAUGCUAGAAUUCAUGUCAUAUGAUUGAAGUGCAGAAAACUGGAUAAUGAAAUUGUUAUUUGAUGCAGCCAAAUUUUAACACAGACUUUCUGUAAGUACAGAUUAUAUUUCACAGUCUCACUUCUUCUACCUUUAUUCAUGUUCAGUUUUAUGAGGUUACCUUCAGUUGGUUCUGUUUAAUUCUCUACUUCCUGCUGUGAUGUCUCUAAUUUAUUUUUGGAAUCUUAAGAUUAAUCGAUAUUUGUCUUGUGUAUUAGAACUUGGAAUAAAUAUUGUUUUUAAUAAUUAUUUAAAUAGAGCUAGUCAAAGUCACCAAGAAUGCCGUUGAGCAAGGUGGAAUAUUAUCACUUUGGCAAGGACUGGGACCAACACUUCUGAGGGAUGUUCCAUUUUCAGGUACUCAUUAACGUAGUGUACUAUCAGUAGAAACACAUUCUGUUUGGUAGCACAAUUAAAUCAGAAGUGAUAGAGGAAUAGAAGCACAGGCUCACAACUCUGCUGAUUUGUGACUUGCAUCACAGACAUUCAUAAAGUUCUGAAAGUAACAACCCCUUGAAUGCAACGACACUUCGAAAGUAGUCAGUGGUAAAAUUUCACACCAGGUGUUUCCAAAUGCCAAAAGUAGCAACUCUCCAUAAAUAAUGACCCUCCAAAAGUAGCGAUCUCAAAAGUAAUUUCCCUUUUUGCUAGAAAUAACAGAAAGUAUAGAUAGAGCCUUUACCAAACUAAUCCGAGGUUAAUUUUAAUGGUUAUAAUGAUCACAUUCCUUUAUGUAACCUACAUACAUACAUACAUACUAACUUUAUUCAAGAUGUAAACAAGCUUAUUUACAGGAAAAACAUUAAAAGGCAUCUUGAAAAGGGAGUUGAAAGGUUAGCCCUACAUUAGAACUCCCAAACAGAAAUAGAAAAUGCUAAAUAAAAAAUCAAAUACAAUUCAAGUAUCCAAACAUCAAGGCCUUCAUUAAAGCACGGUUCUAGUUUAAAAUUUAUUCAAUAGAUAAUGAAGGCUUUCAGCAUCUACUAUGUCUCUUGAUAAAUCGUUCAAUUUUGAAACUAUUCUAAUAAAAAAGAAUGUUUGUAACAAUCAAGUCUUGCUCUUUUAACAUACAAUAUUUGAAAGGGUGAUUCGCUCUUGUUGACCCAACUUUUGAGAAUUCGAGCUUAUAGCACUCAAUUAAAGAUGAAUCAUUUCUACGGUCAGAUAGUGUGGGCCAUUUCAACAAUUUACAAUGAUCAACAUAAGGCAUUUCUCCCUUGUGUUGAUUAAGUGCUAAUCUAGAUGCCCUUCCAAAGGUACAUUACCAUUUUUUUUUUUUCAAAAAGUCUUCCUUUCAUCUGUGAAUACCCAUACCUUUAAUCAAACAAUUCGUUUGAGUUUUUAUUUAAAAAGCAAUAUGAAAUAAGUUUCUCCAAAUAAAAAGUGUGGCUGUUUUCACAUUUGUCAUGAUUUUAUUACCAUACCGGUUACUUCGUACAGCCCAUGUACGGUGCAUGUUUUAGCUACCUGAAAGCAGCCACCUCCCAAACAUAGUGAUCCUUCAAAAGUAGCGAUAGGAAAAGGCUGCUAAAUCCAAAAGUAAUGAGGUUCGUUUCUUUCGGAACUUUACGGUAGCUGUUAGAACUAUGAUUGUAUCCUUAGCACAACAUCAAUAGCUGCUAUGUUUAGGGUGUCUAUAAAUGUUGUUGUAGGCCUUUCUUAAUGUCUUCUAGUGUCUAGCGUCCAGAGCCAUUCCUUUGCUGUGCCAUAUAACUGCAUUCUCAGUCCCCUUACCCUCUCAGAUUGAGAUAUCUUAGCUAGGUAGAUGUAUCAUGUUUAAACAAUGAAUAUUUAAUAGUACUGUCAUUAGCAUUUUCAAGUGUGUGCUGUGAAGCUUCUUGUUUAUGGAUACAUUUGCUUGGUAUGUCUCAGCCUUGUACGGGAGGUUAGGUUCAGUUAUUAUCUAGAAUGUCUGCUUUUUCAGACUUUUUUGGGCCCUGCUUUUCCUUACCUGCCUUGUGUGUCAGUGCCAUCCAUACUCUCCCUUUCCUGGUGACAAAGUAAAACUCCUCACUCUGGAGGUGACCAUCCAGGAAUGUGAAGUUUGACACUUUUUUUGGUAUGAUUCCAUUUGAUAAUGUGAUGGCUAUGAUGUGAUUUUAUGGUUGGAGAUUAUGCACUCUGUCCCCUUGGCUUCAGUCUAAGUCCAAUGUCAUUUGCCUCCUUCUCCAGUUUAUCAACUUUGGUGCCUGGGGCUCUCUCCACCUCUUGUAAUGUCAAGUUGACGUACAUUACAGCUCACCUGACUUCCUUGACGAGUCUUUCAGGUGUUAGUGUGUGAGCACUGGGAAAACUUCUCAGUAUGAAAGCUAUUUUGGUUAGGCCUCAAACGCUGUUCAAGAGAAGGUUUCCCUCAGUUCAAAAUAAUAAUUAACUCAUGAAUAAACUUAUUUUAUUCAUGAGUUAACUUUGGACCUCAAAGAGUAGGAUUCCGCUUUCCCUCUCUGAGUAACGUAGUACAAUAUUCAAGAACUCUGCUAUCGAGGUGACAUCUUUUGAUGACUUUGGGAGAGCUGUGGUUGGUGGUCUGGUGCUUCUGCCUUCGCUCAAUUUGCAGUUCACAACUUAAUAAUGUUCUGAUAGCGUAAACGCAUCAUCAUUAUUUUUAUUUCAACGUCUUCAUAAAACAUUGGCAGAGGUGACUGGUUGUCAAUAUUGAUAGAACGACUGACCUAAGUAGUUUGCUUAAGGUGUUUCCGCGAUACAUUCAAAUCGCAGCUGAGAGUGCAAGUAGUCCACUUCCGGUUGAUGUGCGUCGCUAAAAAACGUCACUGCUUAAACUCCCUAAUCCUUCAAGUGAUUGUUCUUCCUGUUGACUCUGAAUCCUCCUCUUUAUUCUGUGUAGUAUGUUGCGACUUAGCAGAAAGUUAUCCAUUUUCUAUUACUUGCCUGUGUUACUUGUAAUCAACUAAGCAAGAAAACAAUAAUGCUACUUGAUGAAGUGAGUUCCCAUCUUCCAUUAGUUCAUACAAAAUAAUAAAUGGAUUGUGGACCAACUGGAAUUAAUUCAACUACUGACCGAUUAUUGUUGGAUGUGUUUUUCAGCUGUGUACUGGGGAGGCUAUGAGUUUCUUAAGUCUAAAUCCUCUGAUUCUGGAUUGAUGAUAAAUUUUUUAUCUGGAGCCACUUCAGGAGCUGUGAGUGCAGUAUAGUCAUAUCAGUUACUUAAGUCAAUCCCCUAUUCAGCCUUUACCUUGGUCAGGGGGCUAAGGGGGUGGGAGUGAACAGGUUGACUGUUUAACAGAGUUGAAGACAACAGAAGUAUUAAGUGCAAUGACUUGAAAAUGUGACCAUGAAUGCAUAUUUAUUAGUCCUAUAUUUAUGCCUAAAAAAUAGGAGGGAGGGGGAGGGGAAGGGGAAUGGAUCACUUAGUUGUUUGACUUUUGAGGGGAGGGGCUGCUCAUUUUAAAUAUAAACACGGGAUAGGAGUAGCUAAUACACUUAUGCCGGAAAACAAGUGUAGUAAAAAUAUAAACUUUUCUAAAUAUUAAACUACCGUAUCACGCAGUCGACAGCCCAAUGAACCCGCGUUAUAGGGAUCUUGUUGAGGAAGAUUUGCAAUAUUUGCUGCAAGUGACUUCUUAAUACAUGUUUGAUUGCAUUUUUGUUAGUUCAUAGCAGUCCAAGAAUAAUAACAAGUAAUCUGUGCAUUGACUCAAAGGUUCCUGGAUGUAGAAAGGUGGUGUUAUGAUAUGCAGGUGCUCAGCAAUUAUAUUUUGUACUUUUUUUCCAGAUCGCAGCGUUACUAACUACUCCUUUUGAUGUAGUGAAGACGCAUCGUCAAAUGGAGCUGGGUGAACUUGUAUUCAGUAAGCUUAAACUAUACAUGUGUAUCGUUGCUACUUACUCUAUUUAUGAACACUUUGCUGUCCAAAAAAUGAUUAUCAUAAACUUCCGCUAAGGUUACUAUAUUUUAAGCUUCCUUUCCAAAAGUCAGCAUUUAAUAAAAGAUUUUGGUAUUUGUAGUCAAGUGACUUCAUUUUGUAAAUGUCCUGUUAGGAAGGGCACGAUGAUACUGUGUUUACUGGGAUGCAAUUAUUCAAACAUUAGCUGGCUUUUCUUUAUGAUGCUUCACGUUUUCGAGAUAAUUCUAAUUUAGGAAAAAGUGUCAUUACAUCUGCCAAACAACUGAGCAUUACUAAACUGAAUUGUUUAAACAGGUGAUCCAAAAGCCGCCAAGAAACUUUCCUUUACGUUCUCCAUAAUGUCUGAGCUGUACAGAGAAAGUGGCUGGAGGAGUCUGUUUGCUGGUAAGGACCAUAACGAGAGCUACAGUAACACCAUAAAACCUAGCCUCCAUAACAGACCCGAUAUGAGAUUAUCAUAGUAGAACACAUCGCGUAAGGUCAAAGUGUGUCGUAAGGUACAAGCAUUUUCUCGUUGCUUGAUGUUCUGCUCUUGGUUGACUGAGUUUGAAACUCCCGCAAGUACUAAUAUAUCCAGAACUCUGCUUAUCUCAGUUACGAGGUUUCAGAUUUUGCGCUCAACAGUCCUGGUCAUUGAACCGCUUAAGUUCACUUAUAUUCACUACAUCCGAUAUGAGGUUUUCAAACAGCUCAUCUUUUAUUAUAUUAAUUUUGGUUACGACUGCAUGGGCCGAUCAAGUCAAACGAACCAAUGUUUUUGUUAUGUUAGCGUCAGUACCUGUAAAAAUAUUUCUGACCACACACGCAUUCAGUUAGCAAUCAUUUGUAACGAGCGCGGCAGGCGUUUACUAGAGUGCUUUUGUUAACUUUAUCAGACCUCUGAUUUCAACUCCUAAGCUCAUACUAUGCCGCCUGUUUAAAAACUGGGCACUGCAUGUAACUACAUGUCACGAAAGACAAUAGCAUUCUGGGCGAUCUUCCUCUCGCUUCAUGUUUGACAAUGUAAAAAACGUUUGCUUUUAGCAGGAUGUCACAUACUGCUUAGAAGCAAGUGUUGGGCUAAAAAUUUAUCACUAUUAUAAUUUAAUGAUAAAUGUUUGGCCCAGCUCAACAGCAGAACGCUAGCGUUUUUUGCAGAAAAACGAAACUUAGUGUACUUUAGAAACAAGAAAGUUGUUUCUGCAAUGUUUCUUAUAAUGAGUUCCUUUAUUUGCAUUCCAUGGUUUUCUAAAGUGCGUUCUGAACCACAAUUUUUGGGUUUGAUUGGUUGACCAUUUCCUAGAUAUGGGUUGCCGCACUUGCUUGUGUCCACUUGUGUCCGAGCGUCGCUAAAAACAGUUCAUUGUAUUAUUUUUUCAGGAGUGACAGCACGGAUAAUAAAAGUUGCCCCAGCUUGUGCAAUUAUGAUCAGCACAUAUGAAUUUUCCAAGUCUUUCUUCCGCCAGUACAACAUGGAGAACAUAGCUUCCGUAACAACUUCUGACCUAACAUAACGGUCUGCAAAGUUAGUACCGCAUCGGCAAACAACUGCCACGUGGCUUACAAAGAUAGAGCAGCUUGGUGAAGAUAGUCUGGACUCGUAGACGUCUUUGAUCACCACAGUUGGUCUUGUUACAGCAGCUAACUCAUAAAGGAUCACAUUUAAAACACCCAAAGUCAUACAUCAUGAUCGACUGGUCUUGAGCUGCAGCAACUGAAGUUUGUUACCCCACUUUUUAUAAGCAGUCGUUUUGUACACUGCAUGUAUGUACCGCAAACUGAAAUUGAUUAAUCUAGAGUGCAUUCGUUUGGGCUGAUCAAGUCAGGAUUUAUGACGGAUCCAAAUCACUUGAAUCCUCCGGCAUCAAAGGAACCGAUGAAUGGUCCAUUAGGACCACAGUCAGCAUAAUGUAUUUCCGCAAGAUGUAUCUGACCUCCUCGGUCGUAUGUCCUUUUUAGAAAUAAAAGUCGUUUCCAGGCCUACAUUGUGUACUUUUAAGAAAAAAGACGCUGUGGAAGCGUAUAUAUGGGCGUCGUUGUACGAAGAGUAUGAGAAGUUUUUAAGUACAUUAGGGGUGUGUGAGUAGUGCAGUAGCGUUGCAUAUUUUAUGGGUUGCUUGGGAUAUGUGAAGU